AUGGGCAUAGGCCUCUUAGUGUCUGUCAACCCAGACGACAUUCUCGAGCCCAACCCGACAGGGCUCACGCUCGAUCAAAUCGCCUACUUUGGCAAUUGUCUCAUUGAAAUCACCCCAGAUAACUUCGAGCCCCACUUAGAUUUCCUGCGCCAGAGUUUCUCCAAGCUCGCCAUCUAUGUCGACGUCCGCAAGCUCAAGAGCUGGGAUAAUGUCAUCGACAUCCUCAACAAUGGUGCCUCUAAGAUCUUUGUCACUUUUGAACAGCUAAAAGCCCUCUCGCAAGAGCCGACCAUCUCCCCGGACAGACUUGUUCUCACGAUCUCUCUGGUCAAUCCAAAGACGGACAUUGCCAAGCUCAAUGCUUUUCUCAAAACCAAUCCCAAAUGGAAGACUACAGAGUGGGCGUUCGACGGUGAUAAAGGCAACGACCACAUUGACGAGGUUCUGAAAGAGCUAGAUAACUACCCACCCAGUCAUGACCAAACCAUCUUUGUGGCCGUGUCCAGUGAGACGGAAGGGAGAAAUUUGCUUCAUGAAUAUCCUGGAAAUGCGCUGAUCGUCUCAUCGAAGACCUUGACGUUCGACGCGUCGAAAGAGGGCCAUGAGAAGCUAAUACCUGCCGUGGAGUUGGCGAUUGCCGGAGCUACUGCCGACCGGAAAACUGGACUCUACGCAACCACGGUGGUUGACGAGCGUGAUGUUGCGCUCGGCUUGGUCUGGAGCAGCAAGGAGAGCAUUGCAGAGGCGCUCAAGACGGGUUCUGGUGUAUACCAAAGUCGCAAGAGAGGUCUGUGGCGUAAAGGAGCCACGAGCGGAGACACUCAAGAGCUCAUCAGUAUGGGUUUCGACUGUGAUAAGGACUGCCUGGUCUUUAGAGUGCGUCAAAAGGGCAGAGGAUUCUGUCAUCUCGGAACCAUGUCCUGUUGGGGAAAGAUGUCCGGUCUGUCGAGAUUACAACGGACAAUUCAAGAACGCAAGAUUGAGGCUCCUCCUGGUUCGUACACUGCUCGCCUCUUCAAUGAUCCGAAACUGGUGAAUGCGAAGAUCAAGGAGGAAGCAGAUGAACUUUGCGAUGCGACAUCCAAAGAAGACAUCGCCUCCGAAGCAGCAGAUCUCCUCUAUUUUACUCUUGCUCGAUGCAUUGCCGCGGAUGUUACGCUGGAAGACAUUGAGAGAAACCUGGACUUGAAGAGCCUAAAGGUCAAGAGAAGGAAAGGUGAUGCCAAACCUCAGUACGUGGAAGAGAAGCCCGACAACAAACCAACUCAACUCGAAGCCAAUGGAGUCAGUCGUCACCAAGACGAAGGGGCCAAGGGGGCCGCCUCCAUCCCGAAAUCGCCUUCAGAUCCAGCUGGCUUAUCUUCGUCCGGCCGAAUACAGAUGAAACGAUAUUCUACGUCACAGGCCUUCUCAGAUGACGUCUUGACGGCCGCCUUGCAAAGGCCAUCGCAAAGGUCCAAUGAGAAAAUCAUGUCUCUUGUCCAUCCUAUUAUCGCAGAUGUUCGAAGCAAUGGUGAUUCCGCUGUUCUGAAAUAUACCCAUAAAUUCGAAAACGCAACCAAUCUCAAAUCUCCUGUACUAAAAGCGCCUUUUCCCAAGUCACUGAUGCAACUUUCGGAAGAGACUGUUAAAGCAAUCAAUACGUCGUACGAUAAUAUCCUCAAAUUCCACUCCGCUCAGAAACCGUCAGCACCAUUGGUCGUGGAGACAAUGUCCGGGGUUACUUGCUCCCGGUUCGCCCGACCAAUUGAAAGGGUUGGCCUUUACAUUCCGGGGGGCACAGCAGUGUUGCCUUCGACGGCUCUGAUGCUUGGUGUCCCCGCCAUGGCUGCGGGUUGCACGAAAAUUGUUCUCGCAUCACCGCCUCGAUCCGAUGGCACCAUCACCCCAGAAAUCGUUUACAUUGCCCAUAAAGUUGGGGCAGAAGCCAUCGUCUUGGCCGGCGGCGCCCAAGCAAUCGCAGCAAUGGCCUACGGCACUGAGUCCGUCAGCAAAGUAGACAAAAUCCUAGGGCCUGGCAACCAAUUUGUCACUGCUGCCAAAAUGAUUGUCAGCAACGACACCUCCGCGUCUGUGUCCAUUGAUAUGCCGGCCGGUCCCUCGGAGGUGCUUGUGAUCGCCGAUGACACUGCUGAUCCGGCGUUUGUGGCCAGUGACCUUCUCAGUCAGGCCGAGCACGGUACAGACAGCCAAGUGGUCCUCGUUGCGAUUGAUUUGAACGAGAAGCAGCUCCAGGCCAUCGAAGAUGAAGUGCACAAGCAAGCUCACGAACUUCCCCGCGUGGACAUCGUUCGUGGCGCGAUUGAACACAGCGUCACCAUCUGCGUCACCAGUCUGAAGGAGGCAUUGAAAUGGUCGAACUAUUACGCCCCUGAACACUUGAUUCUCCAAAUUGCCAAUCCACGCUCGGCUCUGCCUGACGUUCAGAACGCGGGCUCCGUGUUUUUGGGUGGCUGGACGCCCGAAUCGGUCGGUGACUAUUCAGCUGGUGUGAAUCACAGCUUGCCCACCUAUGGGUACGCCAGGCAAUAUAGCGGGGUCAAUCUAGGAAGCUUCAUGAAGAAUAUUACCUCCAGUGAGGUUACUGAGCAGGGUGUGGGACAAGUGGGAUAUGCAGUCAUGGAGCUUGCCAGGUGCGAAGGGCUCGACGCGCACAGAAGAGCAAUGGAGAUUCGGAUGGAGAAGUUGGGUUUGGUGGGGAAGAAGAAUACGAUGACAGAUGAGGCUUCGGAGGACAACGAAGAGCAAGUCGCCGAGGAGAAGAAGGAUGGCACCGAGCCGACAACCGACCUCAAGGCCGUUCCUGUUGGAGAGAAAGACGGCCAGAAGGCUCUUGAUGCGGUUGAGAAAACCCCGGAGCCUGAUCAAGCUUGA